ACCAGUAACACGCUUCUCGCCAGCCGUCGUGCGGAUUAUCUAUACCCUGGUCGUGGUGUGUGUCUUCUUUCUUUGCGACGCGACUUUUUUUUUACUUUUAAGUUUGUCGCUAGCGGUUUUCGGACGCGCACGCAGUUUUCCAUCGUGCAGAAACCAAUUAGACACGUAGGUAGUAUCGGAGCCUAAACGUUUUUCGCCAUGCGGCUAUCCUUUAUCUUUGAGCUUUUGCUCAUCUUCGUAUUGAUUGCAUUUGCGGCAUCACGUGUCAUAGAUGAAAGUAAAAUUCAAGGUCGGGCAGCCACGUUACGAAAACCUCAUCAUCACAAUUCCAAACUUGCCGCACAAAAAGUGCGCCAGGAAGCUACAACCGCCGCUAACAAAUAUUGCUCGUGCAACACCAAACUAUGCAACUGCUGUCGGGAAUUCCAAAUUCCUGUGGUUGCACUCCAGGGACCAGGAUGCGCUUCCUUGCAAUAUCUUCGUGGUGAUAAACUCGCUAUCUCUAUGAGUUUUGGCGAUCGCAUUUUGACUAAUACCACCAUAGACAGCCGGAAACCUAAACCAGUCUGUAUGCCGCUCCCUGGCGGCGUGUCAAAGUUCUGCGGACGAGUUUACAACAUCGCUCGUCAAGGUGAGGACUUCAACGCGUGCCUGGGCCUUGAGCUUCGUGCAGUAAAAGACGUAGAAGCGGCUCUCCGAGUCUCCUGCUUCAAAUUUGGUCCCAAAGGUCUCAAACUAGCUGAAUCCCAACCACUUCCUCCAGUUGCGCAAUCGGUUAGUAACGAGGAGGAUGAUGAUGAGGACGAUGAUGACGAUGAUGAUGACGACGAAUUCGAUUUUGAUGACGUGGAUGAUAUUGAUGAUGUCGACGAUGAUGAUGAUGACGAUGAUGAUGAAGAUGACGAUGGGGAAAACACAGUUGACUAUGGUACCUUUAGUGUGUUUGAUGACGAUUUUAUUGACCUGUUCGCUCCUGAAGGUGGCAGCAGUGGAAACAAAAAGAGGAAAGUCGUUAGUACCACAAGGGCUCCUUUAAGAACACCUACAAGGAGGACUAUUGUCAGAAGAAAGCCGGUAGUACAAGCAGCUACUUCCACAACACCAACUAUUCCAUUGGUAACAAAGAAAGUAGUGGCACCUCAAGUUCAAACCCAAACACAAGCAAUUCAGACUACUACAGAGAAGCAGAUUCCAAAAAGAAGAACAACUGUUGUAAGACGAAGAACUAUCCCACCAAAUGCUUCUGGUGUGAGCUCUACAACAAAAGCACCUGCUUCAGUUGUUGAAGCUUCAUCUGAAAACAACAUUAUUGAAGAAGCAACCAAAUUGACAGUUUCUUCUACGAGCGCACCAACACAAGCAACUAAGACUAUCCUUAUCACAGCUCCUUCCACAACUACAAAGAAACCACAAGUAACCAAAAAAUUAACCAGGGCACCAACUCCUUCAACAACCACUACAACUACAACAACAUCAAUUCCUGAAACUAUUCCUACAAGCACAACUACAGAAUCAGUUGGUCUGAUUACUUCAGCAACCAUUGUAACCUCAGAAAAGAAACCAAUCUUAAUUGAAGACCAACCUUUACCCCAGAAAACCAUUGCUUCAAAUGAAGUCAUCGCAACACCUCAUGAAUCCAUUGCCGCAGUAGCCGCAAUGUUGCAAACUAUUCCAGGUGAGGGAUCUACUUCCCAGGAAGCUUUAGAAGCUUCCAAGGUUGCCCCAGCACCUAGCACAGAAAAAGUUCAUUUUGUUACGUACAACUAUCAACCAGUUAAAAUUGAAUCUACCUCCACAAUUCAAAAUGAAGUCACUAAUGAGGUAACUAAUCCAGAACUUGCUGAAAGCACGACAUUUGGUAUUACUACAGAGAAUGAAGACAGUGAAUUUACUACUCCAUCAAUUACUGAUGAAGAUGAUGAUGAGGAAGAUACUGUAACGUUACAAAACUAUAUCAUCAAAAAUGAUGAAGAUGAAGUUGCUCAUGAUGCCGCUGAAGUAACAACUGAAACCACUGUUAGUCCAACUGAUGCCCCCACCACAGAAACCAUCGCAACUACUCAGACUCAAGAAAUGAUUCCAGUUGCUUCUUCAAAAGUGGAAACUGUGUUAAAGGCCAAAGAAAAACCAGAAUCAAAAGAUGUCUUCACUGAUAUUAUUGAUGGGGUUGUAAGUACUUUUGGAGGUGGUGAUAGUGAAGAAGAUAAAGAUGAUAAAAAACCAGCCAAUGACGACAAGGAUGAUGAUGAUGACGAUGAUGACGACGAUGAUUUCUUAGGAGAUGAUGAUGACGAUGACGAUGACGACGAUGAUGAUAAAGAAGAUGACGAAAAAGAAGACGAAGCUGAAAAUGAAAAAGAUGACGAAAAACUUGAAGAUGAAGAUGACGAUGAUGACGACGACGAUGACGAAAAAGAAGAAGUUGAAGAAUCUGAAAAAGAAACUAAUGCUGAACACGAUGAAGACGACGAUGAUGACGACGAUGACGAUGAUUUCGCUGGAAGAAAAGCCAAACAACACAAAAAGAUUCACGCGACUGUCCAAAGAGUUGGCAGAGGGCGGCAGAGUCGAGAUAUGUGGCUAGAUCGAUUACAUUGGUAGAAAUAAAUUAGAAAAAUAAAAACAAACAAAACACAAAAACUCAACAUCAGAUGCCAAGAAAAAUGCAAAAAUUAUUAUUCACAGAAAUGCAUUAUGCAAAAAUGCAUUUAUCAAUGGUUUAUUUUUGUAUUGUUUAUAGAGUUUAGAGUUAAUUACGCUAUUUAUUUAUAUUUAUAUUUAUUUAUUUCCGAUUUAUUUAUAAAGCGAUAUUUAUAUUGUACUUUCCUUCCUUUUUUGCAUGCGAAAACGCAUGCGGAGUGAAAAUUGAAAGCGAGCCAUGUAUAUAAAUAUAAAUCUACUGUUUAAUAUUUGAA